UCGAAAUGGACCAACUAACUAUACAACUUCUUCAAAAUGUACAAAGUUCUAACAAAAUAUCUCGCCUUGAGGUGCAGCAACUGCUGGACCAAGUGCGUGCGGAUAAAAGUGCAACCAAUGCACAGGUCUUACUGAUAAUACAGUGCUGUGGUAGCAUUCUUCCCGACGUAUCGAAGAAAGCCCGAACGGGGUUGGUUCAGAAAGUGUUAAAAGCUUUGAAAAAAUCGAACAUCCCGCUGGAUAUUUCGCAUUAUAAUGCCAUACUGCGUGUGUACUGGGAAAAUGAACAUCGGUUUUCCGCAACCGAUUUUCUAGCAGAUUUGGAAUCGAAGGACCUUCAACCUAAUGGCGUCACUUACCAAAAGUUAUUGCUCUGCAGCUGCUUGAACGGCGAGAUCAAAGUUGCCAACAAAAUAUUUGCUGCCAUGAAGGAGAAAGGAUUCGGUAUCAGUCAGUAUAUUUUUGAUAUGCUCGUCAUAACGAACAGCAAGGCAGAUGAACUCGAAGCAGCCGCAGAUAUGCUGGAAGAGACCAUACGAGCUAACAAAAAGCUAUCAGACCUUGCCUUUUACUCACUGCUUUGUGCCUAUGCUCGGAAAGGUGAUAUUGAAUACAUGUGCCAAACUCUGGAAACUUGUAAGAAGAAUAAUAUUACCAUGAAGGAGGAAGGAUUCAUCAUGAUCUUGCAGUCGCUGGCCGAUAGUGGACAUGGAAAGCACAUCAAGCGCGUGGAGGAACAGAUGCACCAAUACGGUUACGUUUUAGACGAUUUGAGCAGGAUCUUCAGUCUGAUAUCCAUAACGAAGCGAUUCGAAUUGUUUGAUAGAGCCGUAAUAGCCGAGGACGACAACAUUACUGAAUGCGAAGGCUUAGAAAAAUCAUUCAAUGAUAUGAUGUUCGAUGCAGGAUCAUCAACGGAGGAUGGACAGAAAAGGAUGCUGAUCAUACUGAAAAGUUUCAUCAACGAAGGUCUAACGAUCAGCAAAAGGCUCGGGGAAAAAUUAACUGAUCGUUAUGCGGAAAGCAGCGAUAUGAAAAUCAAGAGCUUGCUCGGUAGGUUGAAGGAGAACAAAUCUGGAGCGAUGAAUGAACAUGACGGCACUGCACAUAAAACCGCUGCGGGUAAGCAUCUCUCUGUGCCAGAAUUGGAAGAGUUUAUUUUGGAAAUGGAAAGCAUGGACUUUAACGUGAACGCCCUUAAACUACAGCUUAUCCGAUCGGUAAUUCGAUCGAACGAUCAAGAGAAGUUGGUAGCGUUACUUCAAAGGCUUGAAGAUGAAAAUUUCGAAAUCCCCCCCGACAUCUACGAAGCAGCGGUGGAAAUGUACGUCACGAGCGGGAAAACAAAAUAUGCAGAAGAGUUGCUUAAAAGCAUCCGAAUCAAGAAUCCCACAUUCACGCUCACUCGUGUGGUGUUGCUGCGUGUAGCAAAGUAUUUAUUCGACAAUAAUCAGUUCGUCAAUACACUCCAAUUCAUGCAAGAAAACAUCCCACACUCUGAUCAUUGCAAGCAUGAUCAACCGGAGUUGGACAGUGUGUACAUCCACGCUUACUGGGAGUUUCUCAUCGCUUUAUUGGACAAAUGUAACGACGACCAAAUCAACACCCAACUGCCCUUUGUGUUUGUCGUCAAUCUGAUCAAUGAGCAUCUCACACGAUACUACUCCGUUCUAAUUCCUGUCACACGUCACGAAGAAAAGAAGAUAUCCACGAAUCAGUGUAAAAAGGAAUUAAAGGUCCAUGCCGCCUCGAAGAACGAGAAAGAUAAUCUAUUGUUACAAUCUGAUAACAUAUACAUUUUACUGCUAUCUAAACAGUGGGCCAAGACCACACAGCUCAUCUUACAAAUGCUCGAGAAAAAACUUAUGCCUGAGAUAUACAUUCUUGGAGAAUACUUUGAAGCAGCCUCUAUCAAUGGACAGAUCGAUGCAUUCAAUCGUAUUGCUAAACUUCUUCCUGGUAGUGUGAAAUCCACUGUAUCGUUCGAUAAAUAUUAUCGCUCGGCAGAUUUAUCCAGUGGAGGUCUGAAAAAAUACCUGGACAAGCUGCUUCGCUUAUCGAAAACAUUCAAAACUAAAGUAGAAGCGGAAAAAUCUAUCGAAGAUUUCUGCAUCGUUGGCUUAUGUUGGGGUUUGAAGCAACAUCCGGAGUUGGAUGGAAUGUUUGAGCAGGUGGCGCGUAGCUAUGAUUCAUGGGGUGUCCAAAAACCCUACAACGUUCUCUGGCAAUAUUAUUUCAUAUCCGGUAAUACAGAGAAAGCAAAUACCAUCUGGAAUAUUCUCGUCAAAGGCGAUAAUGUAAAACUUUCGAUUGGAGAGAUCCUAUAUGAGGCAAGGGAAAGAAAUGACCCCGAGUUAUGUAAUGCAUGGAUGGAACAUUGCCGAAAAAUGGAUUUUGAAUUUGAGAAAGAUGACCUGUAUGAAUGUUUAAUUGACAUAAUGCUUACAAAAAUGAACCUGAGCUCAGCGCUCGAUGUUAUUAGUAAAUAUGCCGAAGAAGAGGAAUUGAAGUUGGGUUAUGGGACUGCGCGGUGGAUAAAAGCUAGCUGUGAAUUGAAUGGUAUCGAUUAUUCUUGUUACGAAUCAAAAAUUAGAACAUAGUUCCCAGGCCGAUGAGUUCAAAAAUUUAUAGAUUUGGAGUAUUUGCAAUAGCAAUCGAUAUCAUGGAUUCGAAAUUGAUGUAAUGGUAAAUGAUGUUAAUAAAAACUCUGUAACAAACGAUAAUUUCGAACCUGUGUCCUAGAUAAAAAUGUAUUCAACGUUUAUCAACGAAUCAUUUCAUUCACACGAAUUUCCAUUGAAGAGUAAACCAAAACCCAAAAAAAUAGAUUGGUCUGAAAACUA